AUGUCUGGAUCAGUGGCAUCGGAUGAGACUAGCGAAAUGGUGUUGAUCACAGGUAAUUCGCAUCCGCAGUUGGCAAAAUUGGUUGCGGAUCACCUGCAAAUACCUUUGGCAGAUGCUGUUUGUUACAACAAGCCUUGCCGAGAAACGGAAGUGGAAAUUCGACAAAGUGUACGCGCGAAGAACUAUAUAGAUGUCAACAACGAUAUCUGGGAGGUCCUAAUUCUGGCGUAUACUUGUCGAACCGCUGAUGCGAAAACGAUCACCGUUGUUAUGCCGUUUCUACCCUACUCGAUGCAGUGCCGAACAUCCAGAAGAUCGGCAAUCCCGAUGAAAUUAGUAGCGGAUAUGAUAUGCAAAGCCGGAGCCACUCGAGUUGUUUCCCUUGAUCUAUACAGGAAAGAGAUUCAGGGAUUUUUCGGGGUUCCAGUGGAGAAUCUCCGCUCGUCGCCAUUCCUUCUGCACUACAUAUUUCGCAAUAUUCCGGACUACAGAAAUGCUGUGGUUGUUGCGAAAAGUCCGAAGGUUAUGCAUAAAGCAGCAAGCUAUGCCGAUCGACUCAGGGUGGGCAUAGCGGUGAUCCACGCCGUCAAAACGAAACCACCGCUUACAGUGGUUGGCGACGUCGGAGGCAAAAUUGCAAUCCUCGUUGAUGAUGUCAUCGAUGAAGCACAAACAUUUGUUGCCGUUGCAGAAGUGCUGAAACAAAGAGGAGCUUAUAAAAUUUACGUGGUUGCAACGCAUGCACUUUUAUCUGGCGAUGCACCAGUACUAAUUGAAGAAAGCGUAAUUGACCAGGUGAUUGUGACCAAUACAAUCCCGCAUGACAUGCAAAAAUUACGCUGCCACAAAAUCCAGACAGUGGACAUUUCGCUGCUCAUCUGUGAAGCAAUACGAUGCAUCAAUCACCGCGAAAGUAUGGGACAGCUUUUCCGUAAUGUCACUUUGGAUGACUGA